GAUGAUCAUUUUGUAACGAAUUUUUAGUAUCUGAAAAUCAGUCUACUUUGAUGGUGGUGAAUGGCGUGAUCUCGUCAUAUUGUUUGUUUAAUUUGUGCAGUUUUUCAAUAUAUUCAAACAAAACAGUAAAAGAAACUGUUGUAAUUCGUGUUCCGUAUUUUCAUCGCGUGUAUUGCCAUGAGUGGUCGUAUUCAGAAACAAAAAUCGGGAAAGAAAGAUCAGCCAUCCAUCGAAAAUGUAUUGAAGGCGUACCUGGCUGCUCAAGCUGCCAAAGAAGAAGAAUCGUCUCCACAAAAUGCACACGAUGACGAAGACGAAACGGAGACUCCCGACAACGGAAUGGGUGAGGUGGAGACAUAUGCCGAGUAUUGGCCCUCUAAGUUGAAAAUUGGAGCCAAACAUCCCGAUCCGGUAGUGUGCACUGCAUCUCUGGCAUCGGUGCAGUCUGCGGAUAUAUGGUAUACGGUAAAGCUGCCCGAACGGAUCAUCAACGAAGGCGUAUUGAGCGCAUUACAACUUGAAGCUGUAACGUAUGCUUCGCAGGCGCACGAACGCCACUUAUUGGAGUCAGAAGAUAGUCAAAGAGCAGGAUUCCUAAUUGGAGACGGGGCUGGAGUAGGUAAAGGUCGAACGAUUGCCGGGAUAAUUUACGAGAAUUAUCUUCGCGGACGAAAGAAGUCAAUUUGGAUUUCCGUCUCCAAUGAUCUCAAAUACGACGCUCAACGCGACUUUAGUGACAUCGGUGCACCGAUUGCGGUUCAUUCUUUGAGUGACUUUCAGUAUAAAUCAAGGAUUACAGCAACAACAGGCGUCCUGUUCAGCACGUACGCCUUGCUAAUUGCAACACCAGGAAGCAUUUCAAAAUUCAAUUCACGCAUCGACCAAAUCGUUGACUGGUGUGGCGAAGAUUUCGAUGGUGUCAUUGUCUUUGACGAAUGUCACAAGGCCAAAAACUUGAUCCCGUCAAAUUCGCUGAAGUCAACGAAAACUGGAUCGGCAGUGGUUGACCUACAAUACAAAUUGCCGAACGCCCGUGUCGUGUACUCUUCAGCAACUGGCGCUACAGAGCCGAGAAACAUGGCGUACAUGGUUCGCCUAGGUAUCUGGGGCAUUGGUACUCCGUUCCGAACAUUCAUCGAGUUUCAGCGAAUUGUUGAAAGACGUGGUGUUGGUGCUAUGGAAGUCGUCGCCAUGGACAUGAAACUGAGAGGCAUGUAUGUAGCUCGUCAGCUGAGCUUUCAAGGUGUCACAUUUAAAGUGGAGCGGAUCCCACUCACUGAAGACUUUAUUCGUAUGUACAAUGAUUCCGUCGCUUUGUGGAACUUGGCGUUAAAACAUUUUCACGAAGCAAACUAUCUCAUGGGAAUCGACUCAAACAUACUGAAAAUAAUUUGGGGCCAAUUUUGGGGAGCUCAUCAGCGCUUUUUCAAAUAUCUCGCAAUCUCAGCGAAAGUAGAUCAUGCAGUUAAGUUAACAGAGGAAGCUGUACAGGCCGGAAAAUGUGUGGUGAUCGGCCUACAAUCGACUGGCGAAGCUCGAAUGAACGAAGAACUGGAAAAGUGUAAUGGCGAAUUGGAGGAUUACAUUUCAACUGCAAAAGCCGUUUUUCAGUCACUUAUCGAAAAGCAGUUUCCUGCAUUGGAUAUAAUGGACACCGAUUCGGAAAAUGUAAUGGAAACUUUCGAACAACCAUCAACGAGCCGCCGUAAGAAAAAACCGGUGGAUAAAUUCAAAUUCGAUUCAGCAUUCACCAGUCGAAAGCGAAAGGUGGUAAAAAAAUCCAAGUCCGGUCGAAUAAUUAAAAGACCUCGAAUAGCCAGCUCGUCUGAAGACGAUUCGCUUGAUGAGUGUAUCGACAAUAUUGAGUCUACAGCAGCGGAAGACAGUGACAGUGAAGACGAAUACGUUCCAGUCAAAAAUGGCUUCAAAUCAAACCGAUCAAACCGUGCAAAUGUAGCCAAGGAAACGGAAGACUCGGAAAGUGAAUUUGAUCCAGAAAGUGAAUCUGAUCCAGAAAGCGACCUUUCGGAGAUCGAAGAAUCGGACAUAGCAGAAAGAUCAGGAAGUGGCGAGCCACACUCAUCGUCUGAUGAAAGUUCCAGUGGACGUGAAGUCGGGCGGAAGAAUAAGAGAAAUUCGAAAGAAAAAAUGUCCAAGGUACAGGAAUACCUGCGAACGCGAUACCGGGAUCAAGCUAACAAAAAGAAAACGGUCAAAGAUAACUCCCUCAAAAAUGACAUAAUUGAAGGGGCGCGUCAAUUAAAGGCCGAACUGUUGCAGAAAAUCGAAGUGCUUGGCGAACGUCUGCCGAAAAAUACUCUUGAUGAGUUAGUAAACAAACUUGGCGGUUCGAAGAAGGUUGCUGAAAUGACGGGAAGAAAGGGUCGCGUUGCUGCUACUUCGGACGGCAGCGUUCAAUAUGAAUCCCGACGUGAAUCUGGUGUUUCGUUGGAAAUGCUCAACAUAAAGGAAAAGGAGCGGUUCAUGAGUGGUAAAAAGCUCAUAGCCAUCAUAUCCGAGGCAGCAUCAAGUGGCAUAUCACUGCAAAGCGAUCGAAGAGUUCUUAAUCAGCGCAGACGACUCCACAUGACUCUCGAAUUGCCAUGGGCAGCUGAUCGAGCAAUACAACAGUUUGGUCGAACACAUCGCUCCAACCAGGUCAAUGCCCCGGAAUAUGUGUUCCUUAUAUCGGAUUUGGCUGGUGAACAGCGCUUUGUUGCUACGGUGGCUAGACGUCUUGAAUCUUUGGGUGCACUUACUCACGCUGACCGUCGUGCAACGAAAUCACGUGACUUAGCGGAAUUCAACAUUGACAACAAGUACGGUCGUAAGGCUCUGGCUACCACAUUACACGCUAUCGCGAAAAUUAAUGAUCAUCCGACCGUUCUGCCACCGAAAGACUACGAGGGUGAUUUCUUCGCUGAUGCGCAUCAAGCUUUGCUCAACGUUGAUUUGGAUAUGGGUGCAGUGGCAGACGAAGAGAGAAAAAGUGAUAACAUUGUACGCUUCAUGAAUCGCAGUCUGGGUGUACCGGUACAUCUGCAAAACCAUUUGUUCAAGUAUUUCUCAGACACAUUACAUGCGACGAUCUUGAAAGCAAAAAAGGAGAACAGCUUCGAUCCAGGCCUGAUGGAUGUUGGUGAUCCGGCCCGCAUCAAACGAAUAAGUGCCAUUCGUUUCCUCCGAAGACAUGCCACGGGAUUGUCUCCGAUAGAAUUACACACAGUUCGCGUCGAUCGUGGUAUCACAUGGAGUCAGGCCCUGGAACGGUCACAGACAUUAACCAAAGCACACGAGGGUUUUUACAUUUCGAAUGAUGCAAUGAACAAAAGAAAGGCAAUGCUUAUUGCCCGUCUUUCCAAUGAUGACUCCCAGCCGAAAAAUCUUAUGAUGUUCGGUUUGUAUAAACCACACACCGGCGCUUCUGGUUCGUCAAGUGAAUCGCUCGAGUACAUUUUACGAAAUUAUCACAAGACCACACCCGAAAAAGCUAAAGAUGCUUGGAACCAUCAGUAUGAGGCGUCCGUUGAAAAGUGCACCCACAUAUUCCACAAUGGAUAUUGUAAAACUGCUCGGUUUACCGACUGUGAUAUUGGAAAGCGAAUAACGACUCGAGUUGUUCUGUCCGGCUGCGUACUUGGUGUGUGGGAUCGAGUGGAAAAACAACUGAGAGGUGGUUUAGACGAUGAAGGACAAAUUAUACGGAUGCAAGUUUGUCGCCUCCGAGCAAGCGAAGGCCAGGCGAGUGCCAUCGGCAUUUUAGUUCCCAACGAAUGUGCAGAGGAGCUCACGCAGGAGCUGAGCGUCGAUGCUGAAAAAGUCGAGAACGUAAAUUUCACUGGUGAGCUCGAGUCUAAUUUAAUCCCCAAAAUUGAGAAAAUCGAGCCACUGCAAGUGGAGCAGCCAAUAAAGCUGGAAUCUCAAUUGAUAAAAAUUGAGCUGAAAUCAGAAGCUGAGAUAAAAACAGAGGCCCAGGACCCACCGAUACUUCAAUCACUGAAGUGUGAGCCUGAAUCAGAAUACGCGAUGAAAUCGGAAUUUUGAUUAAAGAAUUUUUCAUGUGAAAGGAGAAAAUGCGAUUGGAGAAUCAUGAACUUUUCAACGACCAUUUGUGAAAAGUCGCAUUUAAUUUUGUGAGUUUUUUUUUGUUUUCUUUUUCUUAUUUAAACAAAUUGAUGACUGAAUCAAUGAUGCGUUAUACAUGUAUUGAACACCUCAGCUGUCGCUGAUGGUAAAACUUAAAAUGAUUGAAUAAAAAAUCAUUUGUUAAUUCAUUGUA